GCCCCUCUCCUCUCUCCUUGCAUCCCUGUAUCCCUCCCUCUCACUCACUCGCUCCCGGCAGUGCAUCCCCAUCCCCCACUCGGUGGUGGCCGUCUCUUCUCAGCGCUACUGGCCCAACAAAACGCUGCUGUUGGAAGCAGAGCCAGUCCGCACCGACCAAAAGCAGAGCGCACACACGGACAACAGAGCAGAAAAACUCCUAAAUAAGGAACUUGUUUUGUACUAACUCUUUGGCUAAGCUCAUUUGAUUUGCAUAUCCACUUCCACUCCUUCCUCAUUUGCAUACAGCAAGAAUGGCGAGCGGGCAUCCCACAGACAAAUUCAGUUUCAUGUAUCAACCAGACACGCACAAGAGUAAGAACAGGUUAUCUUCAGCCAUGAAUCCAGUCUACAGCCCCGUACAGCCUUCUCCAUACGGAAACCCCAAGAACAUGGCUUUCACAGGCUAUCCAGGAGGCUACCCGGCCACAGCCCCGACAUACACGCCAAAUAUCUAUCAAACAGGCAGUCCUGGGUAUCCACCAGGAUAUACUACAGCUGGCACCCCAUACAAAGUGCCCCCCACCCAGACAAAUGGAGCACCCCCUCCGUAUACCCCCACACCUACUCCCUACCCAACAGCCAUGUACCCAAUCCGCAGUGCCUACCCUCAGCAAAACAUCUACGCACAGGGAGCAUACUACACUCAGCCUGUGUAUGCGGCGCAGCCUCAUGUCAUUCAUCACACCACUGUGGUGCAGCCCAACAGCAUCCCCUCCACAGCCCUGUACCCCGCCCCGGUUCCUGUACCCGCACCCCGCAACAACGGCAUGGCUGCCAUGGGGAUGGUCGCCGGGACAACCAUGGCCAUGAGUGCAGGGACUCUGCUAACGACACCCCAGCAUCCUCCCAUUGGAGCACACCCUGUUACUGUGCCAACCUACAGGCCCCAGGGGACACCUGGCUACAGCUACGUACCGCCUCACUGGUAGAGCCCCCACCGUCAUAUCUGGAGUCCACCAUUGUAUGCAACUGCUCAAAUCUUAGGCGGGGGCUCCCAGCGGAAACCACGGGAACUCCGCACCUGUCGGCAAGAACAAAACUAAAGUGCAACAGCCACUUUACUACUACUAUUAUUAUUAUUAUUGUUACGCAACAUUCUCUUAAAGGUUUUUACAAAGGCUGCUUUUUUAUUUUUUUAUUUUUUCGGUUCAUUUGCCAACCAGUCAUUUGACUAUCUUAUUUUAAUUUUAUAUUUUUAUUUUAUUUUGGCUGUGUCCAUCUUUGGAGCUCCAGAGGGAAACUUGUGUUGGCUGCACCAUGUCUGUGUUGUGUUGGUGUGUGUGUGUGUGUGUGUGUGUGACCCUGCCUGCUCCUAAGUUGGCUGGGAAUUUACAGGCACUUACAUCUCAUCAUCUCUUCAACAACUUUCUGUCUUAUGCUGCCAUUUAGAUAACAUCAGCAGUUGUUUUUUCCAGUUUAUGGGUAACAUUUCAGUGAUGGUUCUUUCAUUUCACCUUGUGUUUUUCUCCUUUUUUUUAUCUCAGUUGUCUUCCAGCAGGUUGCUGUCUUUAAUGGACAGUAUUCAUCACUUCUUUGUCCUUAAUCCCCUUUGUAAGUGCCAUGUCGCUGUGACCAAGCAUUUACACAUCAUUUGUAUUGUCUUAUGCAUCGUACCUAUCAAAAAACAUCACAUAAUUUAUGCCACAUACUAUGCAGGCUAGUAUGUCGUCAAAAUAUUAAUCUAGCUAGCAAACGUGGAGUGUUAAGGUCAUGGUUAGCACUACAACUGCAAAUAUUUAUAAUGACAAGCUACUUUAGAGUAUUGGUGAAUGUGCUCACUUCAAAAUGCAGACACACAAUCACUUAGUGGCACUUAAUGUAAAAUUUACAAUACUUUUAGUUCUGUUUUGACGGAUGCACUCAAAACACACACGCAAUACAGCACAGUCUAGCUAGCGGCACGCGUGCUAGACAGAGCCAGCAGUGAGGAGUUUAAAGGGAAUGGCACUACGGGAGGAGAGGGCGGAGAGUGGGCGGAGAGGAAGAGGAGGGGAGGACAUUUUCACCGCAUUUACUUUCAAGGUGCAAGAAGUCAUCCUCAAGUGACUGCACAGAUGCAUAGCUGUUUGCACUAUUUCUAUUGUACCUAAAUGGUGACAGUGUCAUCUCCUCUUCAUUCUUUUAUCAACAUGAGAACUUAAAGGCAAAGAUUACUAAAAACAAGAAAUUUUUUUUAAAAACUGCACUAAUGGCCGCUGUAAGAGCUAAAACCCCAUCCAAGAGCACAACAGCUCAUUUAGCCACUCUAUAGAAGUAUUUUAGUCUUGUACAUUUCAUUUGACUACAAAUAGAUUAAUUUAGAACUUAAUAAUAAGUUAUAACCUCACCACAUUCAAUUAUACAACCCAAUUAUGACUUGACUUAGUUUUUAUUGAAGAGAGUAGUCUUCAGUUUACCUAAAUACUUUAGUUGUUCAGUUGUACAUUUUACAUUUAUGUAAGAAAUGCAUAACAAAGUUAAGCAAAGGUUAAUUUGAUAAACACAGUUUAGUUAAGAUUGUAGUUUACAAUAUGUUAACUAAGAUAAUAUAGACCCACACACACACACUCCAGUCUUUGCCCUUUAGUCCUCAUGGUGGUCUUUGUUUGGGUCAAAGCUGAGUUAAGCUUGUGGCAUUGCUUGGAUUUCAAAAAAGAAUUAGAAUACAGAAGGAUAUUUACAAAAGCAGAGCAUUUACUGCACGGGUAUGUAGAGGAACAGUCAAUAUUGCAAUAAAAUAAGAGGGAACGCCUCCUACUGUUAUCUAUACAGUAAUUAUUUUAGCAGCAUUUUAACUGAUUUUGAAAUGGCUUAUCAAUGUAAUCUUUUAAUAUAGAUUACAUACUCUGUAUGCAGCCAUUUAAUGAUUAUUAAGCAAUGAGGUGUGGAACAUAUCAGAAAUUUCAGUUUGGAUAACUUUGAGGAAUUAUUGCACAUUUUGAAAGAGAUAAAAAUGCAAAAAAAUACUUAUGAACUAUAUAAUUUAAUGCUAAGUAACAGGUACCUAGGCUUUGUAGUGCAAGGGGCAUGAAUAGGCAAAUUAUAUUGUAAUUACAGAUACAAAACUGAGGUUGUUUGAGUCCAUAUAUUUGUACACUAUUAGUCUACUUAAAAUAACAUUACAAAUAAUCAGCUGAAUGAAAGCCAGCUACUCUUUAUUUGCUUAUUUUUCCAAAGCCCCAAAAAUAACCUUAAUUCUACAACAGCAAGCGUCAUAGGCAUAGUUUGACUUACCAUACGUCUGGCAGUAUUUGCAAGUUCUUUUUUUCCCUUCUGGUUUAUUAAAUAUAAUGUAUCUCACUAUAGCAUUGAAAUAAAAAUGCAGUAUACAGCAAGUGGUACCGUAAUGUAAUUCUAGCUACGCAUGGUCGCAUUAGUGUGGCAGCUACUGUUUGUGCUUUUAACCUCUGUUUUAAACCUUUAUUCUGCAUAUUUAUUCCCUUUCUGUGGAGGGACUUAACCACGAGGUCUGUGAACGCUAACAUGGAAGGCUAGUGUUUGGCAUUGUGCACUAUAUGGUCAAUCGGACACUCAAAUCACAUUUUGAGUACUUGACAUGAUCUUUGGUUUAGAGAUGAAACUACUUCUUAAAAUUCUUUCAGAUCAGUAUUCAAGAUUUUCAUUUCAGGUGGAUUUCUGAGAAGCUGGCACUUGGACUUCGGUAUGUUUACAUUGAAAGCAGAAAGUGCCCAACCACUAAGUAAAUACGAAAAAGCCAUAGAAAAUUAAACUUGACCUUACCUCCAGUCUUAAAUCUUUUGGAAUAGCUGGUAAAUUGAACAAAUAUUGGCUUUAACACUGCAGUUCACAUACAGUUUACAGACCUUGUGGGUGUAAAUGAAUGAUCGAACCGAAAUGGACAGCGCAUUCAUUGCAUCCGUGACCUCUGCUGUCUAUUGCUGUUCACACGCUUUAACAAUGUCCUUUAAAACCUUAAAGCUCCUUGCCUUUUGUUCUGUGCCAUAUGUUCACAAACUGCUGUUCAAGUAUGUAUUAGUUUACUGGUGACUUGAGUCCUUGUUAUGUCUAGCUUCCUGUGAUUCUGUGUUUUCCUAUUGCUGUCCUCUUUCACAUAUUGUUAAAUGCAUUUGCCUGUCUUACUUUUAUAUCCUUGGUGUCUUGUACCCUGUUUUCACUUUGUGCCACAGCUCCCUCUAGAGGCCAUUUUUGAGUCUGCGGAAAUUACCAUCGCAUCAAAUACUAGUGCCACAUUUGUCCUCUCCUACCAUCUGAAUAACAUUUCCGAAUUUAGCCAAUUGGUGUCAGUAAAUGCUGAUAAUCUACUGUAAUCUGUGGCAUUUGUAAUCUUCAGUGAGCCUAGGUAGACACUAGAUGUCACUAGAGUUGUGCUGUUUUGCAAUGUACUGUAUAUUCAUAGAUUGAAACCAAAAAGGGGGCCAACAAUCUUACUGCUACUUGCCAGAAUUAUAAUUUGAGCACUGAAAACUUCAGGCUAGUCCCUUAAAUGCUAUUUGAGCAAUAUAUGGAUUACUGAAAUGCUGAAUUGAUACUAUUAUAAAUAUGUGGACCAAUGCCUCGUAUUUGACAAAUAAAUAGGGGCCUUUACUAUUCCUCACCUUUUGGUUACUUCAAUUUGCACUUAAAAUAUAAAAAUUGGAAUUGUGUGCUUAAGAAAAAAAAAUGUCUUAAUCACUGUCUUUUUACUUUCUUAACACUCAUCGCUCUGCACUCUGACAUUUUAAAGUGUUAAAAGAUUGCUUUUAACUGGCAUUUAGUACAUUGUUAUUAUUGUUGUUCGCCUUUUCACUUUGAUAGUAAAAGGUGGGCGGAACAAUUCACCUCUUCUCUCUCCUCGCAUUUGCCUUGCUUUUAGAGGUCUUUAUUUCCUUAAGUAUAGAUGAAAACACUACUAUUCCCAUCAAUAGUAGAAGUCGCUUAAAAUGUCUUUGGUGUUCUGCUGCAGCUUUUUGAUUUGUCAGAUAUGUCAUAGUUUGAUUUGACACUAAAUGUGAUGCAAAAAGUGGAAAUUCCUUGUCUUCCGAAAAAAAAAAGAAAAAAGAGAAUCGUACUUGCAUCCUCAAAUAGGAGUAAGUAUUAGGAACACCCCAUCUUUGGAAGUUUUCGUUUGGUACCCAGUUUGCACAUGCUAUGGUAUUCCUGUUACCGUAAGGUUGUGUUGAAACUGAUGCCCAACGUGUCUGUAACGUUGAGAGAAGUGAAUUGUAUGUUAGCUAUUAGGUCCGGAGUGAAGGACCUACGUCAGGCUUGUGAUAUGAAGUGUAAAUCUGUUUUUAUUUUUUGUUUAUUUUUUUUAAUGUUUUUUGUUGUUAAGGUUUUUUUUUUUUUUAAGAUCAGUUAGUGAUCUUAGUACUAUAACUAAGCCAAGUUUGUAAUUGUAUAUUUACUGUAAAAUGUAGAACAUUGAAUAACUAUUAAAAUUUUCCUAUAAA